ACUUCACCCAAAAAAAGGUAUAACAUAAUAUUUGAUAACAAAAACAUAACAUCUAAGAAAAGAGAAAUAAAAGAGAGAGGGCAAAGAACAAAUACGUUGUUGUCUCAGUUGGUGCUCACUUAGCCGUUUUCUUGGAAGUUAUUCUUCUCUUUUUCUUUCAUCAAUAAAAACGGGCGUAUAGAAUUUUGUGUAUUACUUUCUUCAAAAUCCUACUUCUCCCCUUUUCCGUUCUCUGUUCUUCUGUUUGAUUCUUGAAGAAGAUCAUCAUCAAAAUGGGAUCUUCUUCUGGACAGAGUAGCAAUUACGAUCUGUCGUUUAAGGUCUUGUUGAUCGGCGAUUCAGGUGUCGGCAAAAGUAGUCUUCUUCUCAGCUUCAUCUCUACUAAUGCUGAUAAUCUUGCCCCUACGAUUGGUGUGGAUUUUAAGAUCAAGCUACUUAAGGUUGGUGGGAAAAGAUUGAAGCUCACAAUCUGGGAUACUGCUGGACAAGAGAGAUUCAGAACGUUAACAAGCUCUUAUUAUAGAGGUGCCCAAGGGAUCAUUCUUGUCUAUGAUGUCACGCGGAGAGAAACAUUCACAAACUUAUCCGACGUAUGGGCUAAAGAAGUGGAACUCUACUCGACGAAUAAGGACUGUGUCAAGAUGCUUAUUGGCAAUAAAGUUGACAGAGAAUCUGAAAGGGCUGUGAGCAGAGAGGAGGGAAUUGCUCUAGCAAAGGUGCUUGGAUCCUAUUUUCUUGAAUGCAGUGCUAAAACUAGAGAGAAUGUGGAGAAAUGCUUUGAAGAUUUGGCAUUGAAGAUAAUGGAGGCUCCUAGUCUGAUUGAAGAGGGUUCCACUGUUGUAAAAAGAAACAUUCUGAAGCAGCAAGAGUUCCAGCCUGCAUCAACUACAAGUUGCUGCCUUUGAAAACUCCAGUACGAAACAUCGAUCGAUACCACGAUUCUCCUCAUCGAAAGUUCCUGUACAUGUCUCCUACUGCUCCUUCUUGUCAUUAAGUUGUUUGUUUGCUUAAAUGACUGUAAUUGGGAGUUGAAAAAGAAAAUGAAAUACAUCCUUCCAUCCACUUGUGUAAUUUUUUCUUUCUUUCAGUUUUUUUCCCCUUAUCUUUUGGCUUGUUUGGCAUUGUAUUGUAUCUAUCUAUACUAACAAAUUCGGCUUGUAUCAUAUGAUCAAACACAUUACUCACUCGAUAUAUGGAAGACUUGCAUGGAUUUCAAAA